AUGGCUACUGACCAUGCCGCCUCAGUCACUGUGGACUAUUCUCUCUUCUUCUCCUUACCUGCUCGACCAACUAAGAACAAUGAGUGUGUAGCAACGUGUAAGCUGUGUCCUAAACUAUGUUCCAAGACCAAGGGAAACAAUUAUAAAUACACUCUGACAUCAAAAGGUAAUUUGCUGAAACACUUACAAGCCGCUCACAACGACCGCCUAGAAUCUCAUAAAGAAGAGCGAAGGAAGAGCAUCAGCAAUGGGCAAGCUACACUUACUGGAGAGGCUCAAGACAGGAGAAGGUUUAAGUUUUAUAAUCAAGAUCCCAUCGUUACAUCAUUGGCUCUGAAUUUAUGUGGGCAUGGAGGAUUGCCAAUUCAAAUCUGUGAACAGUCAUGGUUUCGACAGUUCGUCAGAGAUAUUGAACCUAGAUUUACUCCAGUAUCUAGGGUAGCUGUGAAGAGGAAGAUAGAUGAAUUGUAUAAGAGGGAAAGAGAAAAUUUGAUGUCAGAGAUUGCUGCCAUGUCUUGUAAGCCGUCAGUGACUAUUGAUUUUUGGACUGGGUGUGACGGACGCAGUUUUAUGGCAUGUACCAUACACUAUACAGCUGGAGGAGUUUUCAAGAAUAGCAUGCUAUUUUUUAAGGAAGUACCUCCACCGCACACAGCUAUCAAUAUUAGAAAUCGUUUUGAAGAUGAGCUUGAUAGUUGUGGUAUUUCAGCAUUUGCAGUUGUAAGUGAUAAUGCUGCUAACAUGAAGUCUGCCUUUACAAUGGAAAUAGACCCAGCUAUUAACUCAGAAAAUGAUGAUCUCUAUGAGGGAAAUAUUGAUGAUUCCACCACUGAUGAUGAGAGUGACAUUGUAACAGACAUCCCGGAAUUAGUUGAGUACUGGACAGAGAAACUCCCAUUACACUUUGAGUCAUGGAUUGGAUGUGCAGCACAUCAGCUACAGCUCGUUGUUCAUGACAUGUACAAGGAACUUCUUAGCUAUCGUCGAGUUCAAGUAGUAUUUAACAAAGCCAAAGCUAUUUGUAAGCUUUCUCAUCAAUCAAGUCAUUUUAAAUAUGCUCUUGAUAGAAGAAUUCCCGUUGCUAAUGAUACUCGAUGGAAUUCGCAUUACUGA